CUCGUGCUUUCUCCGGUUAAAUGAUGAUACGCACAUCUUUAGGCGCGCGCCUCCCGGGGACUGGUGCGGUAAACGCCCUAAGAGAUGUCAGAGAGGGGUGUUAUUUUUUUCAGGUCUCUAGAAGAUUCUAUUUAUAAUAGAUAGCUGCAAUAGCUCAGCCAUAUCCGAGCCUUGCUUGUACCCGAGAGCCAUCGGAGUCAUAUGACCCGCCGCUCAUUCCUAAGGUAUCUCCAGUGACGAGCUGAACUCCGCCGCUACAGCCCCGAGCGUGAGUGCGACGGCACUUUCCUCUCGCGCAGCACCGCGCGUAACACGUCGGAGGAUGUACAACGCCACAGAGUGUCUGCAGAAAGACCUUGGAUUUUAAAACGAAAAGCAAACUUGCUCUGGGUUAUUGACGAGGCAACCGAGACCUGACAUCGAGCAACCGUUUAAGACAGCGAUGCCAGAGGAAAAAGUCUUCCACCAGCAGGCUGUUCACAGCCCGUUGGACCAGAAGCAGGGCAGCUCCAUCCUGUGCCAGAACUGUGGGAAGGCCUGCAAGGGGGAGGUGCUGAGGGUGCAGAACAAACACUUCCACAUCAAGUGCUUCGUCUGCAAAGUAUGCGGCUGCGACCUGGCCCAGGGGGGGUUCUUCGUGCGUCAGGGGGAGUACAUCUGCACCCUGGACUACCAGAGGCUGUACGGGACGCGCUGCUUCAGCUGUGACGAGUUCAUCGAGGGGGAGGUGGUGUCGGCCCUGGGGAAAACCUACCACCCACGAUGCUUCGUCUGCGCCGUCUGCAAACAGCCGUUCCCUGCUGGUGACCGGGUGACAUUCAACGGGAAGGAGUGUAUCUGCCAAAAGUGUACACAACCCCUGCCUGCCAACAGCCCUGCUCCCAUACAGGCCGUCCGCAACUGCUGUGGCUGUGGAAAGGAGUUCAAGAACGAGCAGUCCCUGGUGGCCCUGGACAAGCACUGGCACCUGGGCUGCUUCAAGUGCAAGAUCUGCAACAAAGUGCUCAACGCAGAGUACAUCAGCAAGGAUGGGAUCCCCUACUGUGAGAUGGAUUACCAUGCCAUGUACGGGAUCCAGUGUGAGAACUGCAAGAAAUACAUCACUGGCAAGGUUCUGGAGGCAGGAGACAAGCACUACCACCCAGCCUGCGCCCGCUGUGCCAGGUGUGACCAGAUGUUCGGAGAGGGGGAGGAGAUGUACCUACAAGGUUCCUCCAUCUGGCACCCCCCGUGCAGACAGGCGGCUCGAAUGGAGGAGAAAAGCAAGAAACAGGUCCGGAUUCAGGCCAGUGACGCUUCUGAGCAGGUAACCAGAACCUCCUCUGAAAGCAUCACCUCCGUGCCAGCCUCCAGCGCCUCUGGGUCCCCCAGCAGGGUGAUUUAUGCAAAGCUGGGAGACGAGCUUCUGGACUAUAAAGACCUGGCUGCCCUGCCGAAAGUAAAAGCCAUCUACAACAUUGACCGACCGGACAUGCUCACCUACUCCCCUUACAUCAGCUGCACGGCUGACGACAGGCACCAUGGCGAGUCACCCCAGUUGCUUUCCCCUACUCCAACAGAGGGUGACGGAGACAAAUCGCCCCGUCAGAGAAGGCCCUCCAGCCCCAGCUCCAACAGCUCCCUGGGGGGGUAUGGGCGCUACACCCCAUCCCGUUCACCCCAGAACUACAGCAGACCAGAGCUGUAUGUGGGAGGUAGAUACUCCGGGAAUGCUGGGAACUCCUGCUCCCUGCCCCUUUACACGUCCGGUAAAUAUGCCAUCGCGGGGGGCGGGUGGCACGCCGGGCACUCCUCCACCCUCCCCGCGACCUCCUCCGGCGGUAAAUACGCCGCGCAGGCCGGAAACGCCGCCUCCCUACCUCUGAACCCCAGCACUCUGGCCAUGCUGCAGCAGCACAACUACAUCCCCUACUUCAGAGGUAGUGAAAGUGGUCGGAGCACCCCGAGCUUAUCUGCAUACUCAGACAGCAAAUCUCCCUCCUCCACAUACGUGCAAGCUCCCAGGCAUUUCCAUUUGCCAGAAACUCAGCUCAAAGAUAAUAUCUAUAGAAAGCCCCCUAUCUACAAACAGCAUGCAUCCAGGACUUCCUGGCAGGAAGGGGAUGACACGGACAGAAAGAUGAAGACGAGCUGGAUGAUCUUAAAGGACGAGAUAGACGGACGCUCAGGUCCCGAUGACAUCGACCCCAGGACAUCGACCCGCAGUCUGCCCACCGACACGUCCCAGCCCAAUUUCCCCUAUAAUAAGUCUGCUUCCCUGCCGGGGUAUGGCCGAAAUGGAAUAUACAAGGCUGCCGAUCUUGCAGAGGACGAUCCGGACCAGGACUCUAGCUGGGGAAUGAGAGAGUACAAGGUGUACCCCUACGACGUGCUGGCCGUGACACACAGGGUGCGUGUGAAGCUUCCCCGGGACGUGGACCGUACCAGGCUGGAGAGGCACUUGUCCCCCGAAGACUUCCAGCAGAUUUUCGGAAUGACCAUCGAGCAGUUUGACCGGCUAGCUCUGUGGAAAAGAAAUGACCUCAAGAAGAGAGCACGGCUGUUUUAAAGGAGGUGAAGCCAGAUGGCAGCAACACCAACAGCAACAAAAAGGAUGGCGUGCUUAUCAUCUGUCUCAUCAGAUAUAAAAAAAAACAAAAAAAAAACAAGAUAUAUAUGCACCGACGUACUGCUUGACACCUGCAAAGCCAUCUCCGCCUGAACGGGAAGGGAACGCUGUGGGAUCCAACCAUGGCGAAGCGCGUAACAUUCUCACAACGUUGUCGCGACGCCGCCGCAACGUUGUCAGCCUGCGCCUUAGCGGCAGCGGC